GUAAUUGAAGGCUCAAACAUAGCGUACGAGAUCCAGCUGAGUUCAGUUCCGACUACACUCUAUCUGUUCAUGGGUGAUGGAGGUCACACAAAGCAGCUGGUAUUGUACGGUACACGAGAUGGGAAACUCGGACUCGUCGAUGUGAAACCCAAAGAUGGUGAAAUCAAAUGGGAAAUUACUACAACGUCUGAAGGCGACAACCUGGCCACCUUUCUGGCGAACAUUGUCGUGAGCGAAGUUGGUGCGGUUAUCCACAUCAUUCACGACGCAUGUGAGAUGAGUAGGAAACGUCUUCUGAGCUAA